AACAUUGACUACUAUCGCUUGAGACAUAUUUCUAGAUUAAGAAGCAGUUCAUGUUUUAUUAGCUUGUAGCAAAGGUUCAUUUAUAUUAUAUAUACGUAAAACCAUGUACUAAUUUAAUAAAUUUGUUUUUUUUUUCUUAUAUUUGCUCUAUUUUCAUUAAUUGAUCAACAUCUACUUGAAACUGGUGUGCUUGCAACGACUAAACUAUGGCAUCUCAACUACGCUGCUGUCAUCUCUUAAUACAUGUGAUGGUUUUUUACUGAUGCACUUUUGGUGACAUCGCCGUCGACAUUAUAUUGCCAUUACUUCACUGAACUCAAUUUACCGCUACUUGCUUGCCUUAUCCACUGUAGAGAUGAAACAUCACAAAGAGUUGCUCGAGGAUAUUAGAAUUGACGCAACUACGAUCACCUUUGUAAGGGUUGACACGUCUCACAUUAUGCUUUACCCAUAAGCAAACAGAAACUGUCGCGUUCCUGUGCGUCAUAUGAUUAUUUUGAGGCAUCGUCUAGAGUGCGUGGCUGCGCGUCGAUACACAAACAACACUGACGAUACAAAAUCACGUUAUCACAAAAAACAACCGAAUGAGCAUAACCCAUACUGAGAAACGUUCAUGGGUAUUGAGAAUACGUGACGUAAAAGAAGCGGACAAAGGCUGGUAUAUGUGUCAGAACAAUACGGAUCCGAUGAAGAGUCAAGUUGGUUACCUGGAUGUUGUGGUUCCACCCGAUAUCCUUGAUUAUCCCACCAGCACGGAUAUGGUGAUACGAGAGGGCGCUAACGUAACACUGAAAUGUGCAGCAGUUGGGUCACCAACACAGACCAUAACGUGGCAACGUGAAGGUGGCGACCCCAUACCACUACCCAACAAUACCGAAGUCAUCGCGUACAAUGGUUCCUACCUGACGAUCACUAAAGUACAACGCCUUAAUAUGGUUGCGUAUUUAUGCAUCGCCUCGAAUGGCAUUCCGGCAACGGUCAGCAAGCGCGUAAUGCUAGUGGUGCACUGGGAGCACUUUGCAUCCGAAGCUUUUGAAAGUGGCUACAAAAUAACUAUGCGGUUAACCAUAAAAGAUGUUGACAUAUCAGAUUUCGGUUCUUACCGUUGUGUGGCGAAGAAUUCUCUUGGUGAUACGGAUGGCACAAUUAAACUCUAUCAUAUUCCGCAAACAACGACAGUAACCACAUUAGCACCCACGGUGGCUCUAAAUACCGUGCCAGUAGUGGUUGCGAAAUACAACAACAAAGGUCAACGUUUCAGUAAAAAAAUUCACCGCACAAAAACGAAUGUUUCAGAUAUUUCAUCGUCAUCAUCUUUGAACAAUAUUUAUAUUGGUGCCACAUCGAGCUUAUGGAAUUCACAAGAUCACGGCACAGGGCUAAAGCAUAUUCAAUCCUUACCUUGUAAACCCGAAAUGACGUAUAAUGUACUCUGCGGCACAAAACCAGCUGACCAACUGGUUUCACCUUCAGUAGAUUCUUCAAGCGCCUUCUCUUCCAAUCAUAAUUCACAUCUUAAUGCAGUUUGCUGGGCGUUUCUCCUUCAAGAAUUAUACAUGUUGUUUAUAUGGCCCGAACGUCUGCGAAAAUCGACUUAUUACUUGAUAUAAAAUAGAAACGAGAGUAUUCAGCAUUACAGUAGCAGGAUAUCAAAAUGCGACAACUUCAGCUAUUGUAUCUCUGGAAGUAUACAUAUGAGAAGUUAAACCAAAGAUGCCUUGGAAGAUAUGAAGUAUAAAUACAAGUAGUAAGAAAAUAAGAGGAAAACUAUGGUGCAUUUAUAAUAAUACGUGGAGAAAUAUUUUAUUCCCAUUCUGUGGCCAAUAUACGAUUUGGAGAUACAACUGUCAUAUUUGUAUCGUGGUGAAUUCUCCCAAAUGGCAUCACAUACAUAGAUAUAACAUAAACACAAAGGAGUUGAAAACCAGUACCACCGUUUGAAAUGGUAAAUUUUAAAAGGAGCUUAAAUACUAGUAUAUACCAGUGAGAUAUUAUUGGAAAAUGUUUAGAAUGGAUUUGAAAAUUAAAUAUUCUGAAUGCUUAAAUUUUUUCCACAGAAUAACAUAAAAGGUUUUUUGAAAUAAUAUUGCAAGGAAGAAGAUUAACAUAAAAAGAGUUGUAAAGAGAAUGCUUUCAAUAUUGGCUGGAACAAGAGGAAUAUGCCGAGAUUACUACUGAAACCAGCCAAUUUAUUUUAACUCGAAAUAUAUGCAAGACUGUAUGAAAUGUACUGUUUGUACUGUUUAUUAAUAAAAUAUGUAUUCAUUUUUGUACUGAAUCGUUACUA